UUCUUUCAUUCUUCUCUUAUCUUCUUCUUCUUCUUCUUCUUCUUCUUCUUCUUCUCUGUGUGUGUGUGUGUGUGAUCCUGAACAUUGAACACAGAGAUGGCCUUGCAGGCACCGAGCCUUACCGUCAAUGCCGGUCUCCGACGACCCUUGAUGAACCCUUUUGCUCUAAAGUCAACCUUCUUCUCUGGUUCCUUCAACUUCAACCUUCACCUUCACCCUAUUACUUCCGCACCCCCCAGGAUUUCCAUGCGCGUCGCUUCCAAACAGGCCUAUAUCUGUCGCGAUUGCGGGUAUAUUUACAACGACAGGACUCCCUUUGACAAGUUGCCUGAUAACUACUUCUGCCCUGUUUGUGGUGCUCCAAAAAGAAGAUUUAGGUCAUAUGCACCGGCUGUCACAAGAGAUGCCAAUGACACAUCUGUUAGAAAGGCACGAAAAGCAGAAUUGCAGAGAGAUGAAGCAAUUGGGAAGGCACUUCCUAUUGCAAUUGUCGUGGGAAUUGCAGUGCUUGCUGGAUUAUAUUUCUAUCUCAACAACCAAUACUAGGCUGAAUGAGUGUUCCAUUGCAUGCCCUUUAAUAAGGGGUGUAGUUUAUUCCCGAUCUUUCAUUUUCUUUUGUUCAUUCUGUUCUAAGCGCUCAGAAUGGCCAUACAAUAAAUGGUACAAUUAUUUUGAGAGAGAAGAAUGGUCAUGUUUAAUUGUUUAUCAACCCUGGCGGGUGAAGAAUGCAAUGUAGUUAUAGAGGGGAUAAUUUGUAUUUACUUUGUUGCCAUUAAACUUGAUAAGAAGCAUCUUAUAUUUU